CCGGUGCUCCUUAUCGCGCUUAGCGCACUGUGUGAACUGCCGGAAUUGAAGUGCAGCCGACGUUUAGUGACUAAUACGUGACAGAGUGUCAUAGACUGUAACGUAAACAAGAAAAUACUAAUCAAAGAAUUAGUAUUUCGCGACUGUCAUAUGUCAGUGUCAUUUGUUUUUCUGCAAACAAGAUGCAUCGUGCGAGAUCAGUAUUAAUAAAUCUGUUACCUCUCACACCACUAAUUCCACGGGCUGCAGGACCUGAAAGAUAUGCAGCGUGGCUGUUGCGUUCAGGAAGUGCUACAAGCUCACUGUCAGUUACCAGCAUCCGAAAUUACAGUGCAUCUGUUGCACCAGAACCAUUUCUCAAUGGAACUUCAUCAGUAUAUGUGGAAGAAAUGUACAAUGCUUGGUUAGCUGACCCGAAAAGUGUUCAUGUGUCAUGGGAUACAUUUUUUCGAAGCACCUCAGCAGGUGCUGCACCAGGUGAAGCAUACCAUCCUCCACCUUCACUAGCACCUCUAGCCAAGAACCAGGUUCCUAUAAUGAGCCUCACUCCUUAUUUAGGAGCAUCAGUACCUGCUCUUGAUGGACAACUCAAUGAAAAGAUAAUUGAUGACCACUUGGCUGUGCAGGCAAUCAUCCGUUCAUACCAGAUUCGAGGUCAUCACAUCGCCAAGCUGGAUCCCCUGGAAAUCUCAAGUGCAGACCUGGAUGACAAAACUCCUCCAGAAUUGCUGUACAGCCACUACAGCUUUGAGGAGGCUGACAUGGACCGCAUUUUCAAGUUGCCAGCAACUACAUUCAUAGGUGGCAAGGAGAAAGCUCUUCCUUUGCGGGAAAUUCUGAGGAGACUUGAAAACACUUACUGCCACCACAUAGGUGCGGAAUUCAUGUUCAUAAAUUCCUUGGAGCAGUGCAACUGGAUACGUCAAAAAUUGGAAACACCUGGAGUGAUGGAAAUAACAAAUGAUGAAAAGAGGCUUAUACUUGCAAGACUGACACGAGCAACUGGACUUGAAGCAUUUCUGGCAAGAAAAUGGUCAAGUGAAAAACGAUUUGGUUUGGAGGGUUGUGAAAUCUUGGUACCAGCCAUGAAGCAGAUUAUUGAUCACUCAACAGAGUAUGGUAUAGAAUCUGUUGUAAUGGGCAUGUCUCACAGAGGUCGUCUGAAUGUUUUGGCCAAUGUUUGUCGGAAGCCACUGGAACAUAUUUUUACCCAGUUUGCUGCUCUGGAAUCUGAAGAUGACGGGUCAGGUGAUGUCAAAUAUCAUUUGGGUACUUACAUUGAACGUUUGAAUCGUGUGACUAACAAAAAUAUGCGACUAGCUGUGGUAGCCAAUCCAUCCCAUCUUGAGGCUGUGGAUCCUGUUGUUCAGGGGAAGACUCGUGCUGAACAGUUCUACCGUGGUGAUGGAGAAGGAAAGAAGGUUAUGUCCAUACUGUUACAUGGGGAUGCUGCAUUCUGUGGUCAAGGCAUAGUGUAUGAGACUUUCCACUUGUCUGAUUUGCCUGAUUACACAACACAUGGUACCAUUCAUAUUGUACUCAACAAUCAGAUUGGUUUCACCACUGACCCAAGGCAUUCACGCUCAUCCCCAUACUGCACUGAUGUUGCCAAAGUGGUGAAUGCACCUAUCUUCCAUGUCAACUCAGAUGACCCUGAAGCUGUCAUACAUGUGUCUAAAAUUGCUGCAGAGUGGAGAGCAACAUUCCACAAAGAUGUUGUUAUUGAUAUUGUGUGCUACCGACGUAAUGGUCACAAUGAAGCUGAUGAACCAAUGUUCACUCAACCUCUAAUGUACCAGAAGAUCAAGAAAACAAAACCAGUGUUGGAUAAAUAUGCAAAUAAACUAAUAAAUGAAGGUGUUGUUACAGCAGAAGAGGUCAAGGAUGUUCAUGACAAGUAUGAAAAAAUAUGUGAGGAAGCAUUGGAAAAUGCAAGAAAGGAGACUCACAUCAAGUUUAAGGACUGGCUUGAUUCUCCAUGGUCUGGGUUCUUUGAGGGCAAAGAUCCAAUGAGAGUAUCUCCUACAGGUGUCAAAGAAGACACACUCAUUCACAUUGGCAAGAAAAUGUCAUCUCCACCACCAAAUGCUGCAGAAUUUGAAAUUCAUCCAGGUUUAGAACGCAUAUUGAGAGCACGAAUGGAAAUGGUAAAGGCGAGAAAAGCUGAUUGGGCUCUUGGUGAAGCAAUGGCUUUUGGUUCUCUGUUGAAGGAAGGAAUCCAUGUGCGCCUAAGUGGACAAGAUGUAGAGAGGGGCACAUUCAGUCACAGGCACCAUGUACUUCAUCACCGGAAAGUAGAUAAGGCUACAUACAGGCCUCUAUGUUACCUUUACCCUGACCAGGGUUCUUAUGUUGUUUGUAAUAGCUCUUUGUCAGAGUUUGCAGUAUUAGGCUUUGAACUGGGAUAUUCUAUGACAAAUCCGAAUGCCUUAGUUUGUUGGGAAGCUCAGUUUGGAGAUUUCAACAAUACUGCACAGUGCAUCAUAGACCAGUUUAUAUCAUCGGGUCAGGCAAAAUGGGUGCGACAGUCUGGACUAGUGAUGUUGCUACCUCACGGUUUUGAAGGGAUGGGGCCUGAGCAUUCCAGUGCUCGCCUUGAGAGGUUCCUGCAGAUGUCUUCUGAUGAUCCGGAUUAUUUCCCACCAGAAAGUGAAGAGUUUGGUGUUAGACAGUUACAUGAUAUCAACUGGAUUGUUGCAAACUGCUCAACACCAGCCAACUACUUCCACAUUCUCCGUCGGCAGAUAGCCCUUCCAUUUCGCAAGCCCCUCAUUUUGAUGACUCCAAAGUCACUUUUGCGUCAUCCUGAGGCCAGAUCAAGUUUUGAUGAAAUGACUGAAGAAACGCAAUUUCUCAGGGUCAUUCCAGAGAACGGGGCCCCUAGCAAGAAUGCAGAUGCUGUCAAGAAAUUAAUAUUCUGCACAGGCAAGGUGUUCUAUGACUUGCGAAAAGCUCGUGACGAGAGAGUUUUGACCAAUGACAUAGCCAUUACAAGGAUUGAACAGAUAUGCCCUUUCCCCUAUGACUUGGUGAAGAAUGAGUGUGUGAAGUAUCCAAAUGCACUUUUGUGCUGGGCUCAAGAGGAACACAAGAACCAAGGUCCAUGGACAUAUGUUCAGCCAAGAUUCAACACAGCAAUAAAUGGAACCAGGAAUAUUGUUUAUGCUGGGCGGCCUCCUUCUGCAUCUUCAGCAACUGGUAGUAGAGUCCUUCACCUUAGGGAACUUGCUGCUUUUCUUGAUGAGGCGAUGUCAAUUUGAACAGUCAUCCUAGUUCAUGUUUCCAUUUCAGUUAUUGGCAUUUCAUAUUGCACAUGCCAAUGGUUAGAAGGCUCGUAUCACCUGUACACUUUUUUACCAGCAAAUGUUUGAAGAUUUCCACCAGAUGUUAAGCACAUGCACUAUCUCAUUAGACUGGAGCUAUUGUCUUAGUUUUAGCAGUGUGCAAUUAAUCAUAUUUGCCCAGUUGUUAACCAGUGUGUUUCAUGUGACUGACUUUGUCAGCUUUGUGUGUGUGUGUGUGUGUGUGUGUGUGUGUGUGUGUGUGUGUGUGUGUGAGAGAGAGAGAGAGAGAGAGAGAGAGAGAGAGAGAGAGAGAGAGAGAAUUCCACCCAGUAGUGGUUGUGCCAUGUGAAAUGAACUGAUAUGUGCAUUGUGUGUACAGUGUUUUAUGCAUGUAAGAAUUAAAACUUCUUAUUGACUGUGUAUUUUGUUGCAGAAGUAAUGUGUGCUGAGAAAUAGUUGAUACUUUUUCUUUUUCCAUUAUGUGCUCUAAAUAUUUGUUUAAUUCUGUCCAUGAGUUAGUGUUUUAAAGUACAUGCUGUGCUUUUCGCUUUUACUUAUGUCUUAAAGUCUGUGUUACUUUCUGGCAUAUUUCUAUAAAUAUGUUGGCAAUCAAAAUUGUCACCUUUUUGGAUUGAGGUUCUGCAUGCAACAGCCAGAAACAUUUUCCAUUAUAAGAAAUUAACUAUCCGGCAGAUAAUUUGUCUGAUGUUGAGUGCUUGAUGUUGAAGUGACUUAAUCAACUAUAUUGAUUAGCUUUAGCUUUGUUUAAAAUAUAUUUUGCAGUUUCAUAUGUUUGCCAGAUGUCUUUAAUGUAAAAGUUCCCAAGGUACUGCUGUUGAUUUUCCAUGGAACUCUGUAAAAUAUUAUUAUGUAUGGAUUUCAUAUUUUCCUACAGUUUAAUAAAUGUUGCAUGUUUUGAUGUGAUAUGUCAUUGCACUGCACAGUCCAUCUUAAGUGCAUCUUACCAUAAUAGUGUAGCUAAUUAACAUACAUCUAUAAAGAAAUAUCAUGUCAAAGCUGAUCUGUUAUGUUCUGCAAUAUGCUUUGCAUGUAACUGGACUGUUUCUGUAGAAAUUUGGUUUGCAACUCAUAGUUUCACCUGCUUUAGUUCUACUUAAAUAAAAACUGCUGUUAAUUGUUGAAACUUCUUAGAAAGGACCAAUAAUACACAUGCGUUGUCAGAUAUUUAUUUUGUUGUUUUAUAUGGAUUGUAUGACACAAUAUGAACCACAAUAUUAAUUUGUGAACUGCAGAUCAUUGAUGAGGAUUUGUUUCAGUGCCAGAUUGUUGUGACUGUUGAUAAAUGUAAGCUCGUGAUUAAUUUAGUUUUUAAAUAAAUGAAUAAAUUACUGUUUUGA